UGGUUUACAGCAAGCUGACGCGUUACGUCAUCUGUGUGCGACUAAUAGUGUUUGCGGGCAGGCAGAAAGAUGGCACCGUCCCCAACCAAGAGGAAGGAGGAUGACAAGAGUAAACAGCGUGGUAAGGAGAAGUCAGGAGCCACGAAAGACGGCACUGAGAAAAAACGUGAGCACCGCGGCCGUGAGAAGAACCGUACACGGCGCAGUGCUUCCAGUGGCAGCAGCAGGUCCAGCUCCAGCAGCAGCUCAGGAUCCAGCUCCGGCUCGUCCAGCGGCUCCAGCUCCUCGGCCUCGAGCCACUCGGGCUCGUCCAGCUCCCGCUCCUCAUCCUCCUCCUCAUCAUCCUCUUCGCCAAGCCCCAGCCGCCAGCGCCACAACAACAGACGACGCUCACGCUCAAAGUCAAAAUCUGCUAAGAAGGACGACAGGGACAGACGACGUAGAAGUCCCACGCCCAAACCCACCAAGGUUUACCUGGGCCGGCUGACAAGAAACAUCAUCAAGGAACACAUCCAGGAGAUUUUCUCCACCUAUGGAAAGAUCAAGAUGAUUGACAUGCCUGUGAACCGCACCCACCCUCACCUGUAUAAAGGCUACGCUUACGUGGAGUUUGAGACGCCUGACGAGGCGGAGAAGGCCCUGAAACACAUGGACGGAGGUCAGAUUGACGGUCAGGAGAUCACAGUCACAGCCGUGCUGACUCCCACAGUGCGCCUGCCGCCUCGCAGGCUGUCCCCUCCCCGCAGGAUGCCUCCUCCACCCCCAAUGUGGCGUCGCACCCCACCUCGGAUGAGGCGAAGGUCUCGGUCUCCAAGGCGACGCUCUCCAGUCCGGCGCAGGUCUCGAUCCCCUGGCCGCCGCCGUCACCGGUCGCGUUCCAGCUCUAACUCCUCCCGCUAAUGAUUGGCAAACCCCCCCCCCCGCCUCCUGCCUGGAUCUUUUCCUCGGAGGUCGUUGUGACCGAGUAGCUAUGACAGACAUAAACAUUCUUUUGGUUAACUAUUAAUGUACAAUGAAUGAUGAGAGUGUGGAAAAGUAUUAUGUGUCACUUGGUAGAUUGUUUCAAAAUGUUUUUUCAACACUAGAACAUGUACUGUGUUAAACGACAAGAUUUCUUUCAGGAGUUCUGAAUCUAGAUGGUCUAUACAUGAGUGGGGUUGGAGAAGAAAGGAGAAAUUAAUUUAUAUUGAUAAAAAUAACGUUUUGUAUCAUGUAAUUGUUCAAUUUGCUUUACACAUUUCAUGAAGAACAUGGUUUGUAAAGAUGGCGAAUGUGGUUUUUCAUUGGACACAUUAUCUAGUUUCUGAAUAUGAAGUAUUUGUGAUGAAAAUGUCUGCAUUUUAUUUUAUUUUUUAUGUUCUUAUGGAUUAACACAUUAAUACCAAUAUAACAUUGGCAUUGAAUUGAUAUUGCUGAUAUCAGUGUAGCUGUACUUUAAGGUGGGGUUGGUAACUUGUUUCUGAAACACUGUCUUAUUUGUUGAAAUCCUCUCCACGUCCUCAUAGCCAUCAAUGAAUUAAGUUUUCUUUAUUGGUUACACUUUCCACUCAGAAUGUUCUUUUCCAAAACAUCCAAGCAAAAAAAGGACAAAUAAUAGAUGAUCUGCAGAUUGCAUCUGUGCUCUUAUCACAGAUUCGGUAAACUGACUAAUGAUGAAACGAUACUAUUAUAAUUCCAAGGAGGUUCACAGCCUGAAUAACUUGUGCAGAUCUGGUUUUCAACUGUUUUCUUAUUAAUGUGUGACACGGUGAACUUUGGAUCCAGGCUUCUGUGGUUUUUGUAGAGAGUUGUGUUCAUUGUUGGAGCUGAAGGAAUUUUCAUUACUGUCUGUGUGUGUGUGUCUCAUUUUGUAUUGCUGGUUUGAUGUGCCGUUUAACUUGACAAUAAAAAGUCAUGGUUGGAACUUUAAAA